CCGUAGUUGGGGCACCACUAUUGUUGAAGGAGGUUAGCCCUCCGCUGGAAAAAAACAAAAAUACAGAAACUUCAGCUGGUUUCGUAGCACCAUAAACAGACGGGCAUCAUGGGCAACACAAGUGACAGAGUGUCUGGAGAUCGGCAUGGAGCCAAGGCCCACCGCUCAGACAGCAGCGGCAGCCACAAAGACCAGGAACCCAGCAGCAAGAUGGUGGACAGCACAGACGACCCCAACAUCUUCAACACCCACGGGCCGGAGUCGAAGGCGUUAGGAGAGAAAGAAUCAGAUCUGGCUGACCAGGUGAAAACUGGUCGUCAGGCUCGACCCACAGUCAUCCGCUGGGCCGGAGGGGGGAAGGAGGUCUUCAUAGCUGGUUCCUUUAAUAACUGGAGCACAAAGAUACCACUAAAUAAGAGCCAUAAUGACUUUGUAGCGAUCCUGGACCUGCCAGAAGGAGAGCACCAGUACAAGUUUUUUGUAGAUGGACAGUGGGUCCAUGAUUCCUCAGAGACAGUUGUAACCAGUCAACUCGGCACCAUCAACAACCUGAUCCAGGUGAAGAAGUCAGACUUUGAGGUGUUUGACGCCCUGCAUGUUGACUCUCUGGAGUGCUCAGACACAUCAGAUCUGUCCAGCUCCCCUCCAGGUCCUUAUGGACAGGAGCAGUACAGCUUCAGGCCUGAGGAGCAUUUCAAAGCCCCACCUAUACUCCCUCCUCACCUCCUCCAAGUCAUACUCAACAAGGACACCAAUAUAUCUUGUGACCCUGCCCUGUUGCCUGAGCCCAACCAUGUAAUGCUAAACCACCUUUAUGCCCUCUCAAUUAAGGAUGGAGUAAUGGUGCUGAGUGCGACUCACAGAUACAAGAAGAAGUACGUCACCUCCCUGCUUUAUAAGCCUAUCUGAACCACAACUUGGGAGCUCCACGGUGCUUUUAGAGAGCAGCAUGCUGGUUUUCUUUUUUGUUGGUAUCAUCACAUUUAGCCAAAUCUUGCACUGGAACCAGUUUACAGGCAAGACAAAGGCCAGUAGCUGUGACUUCGGCUUGGGUUUUUUAAAGGCUGCACUUCUGUCUACAUAGGGCUCUGAACAAAAGUAGCAAAGUGUGUGUCGGGUGUUGAAGAGAGGAAAACCGUACUGUGGCUUUUGCCUGUAACAUCUACUGACAGAUGAGACUGAUUCAAUCACUGUGUGUAUUGGAGUGUUUACUGCACCUUGUGAAUAUAUGCAUGUCCGUGUGUGAAACGAGGAAUCGCUGAUCUGUGAAGGACCCGUUUCUGUAAAGGUGAUUUUUAAGGAUGCUCUCCUAACCUGCGGGGUUUUGAGUGUUCUUGGUGUGGAUCGACAGUUUGAUUUUAAAGUGUUGUGUCGUCAUAUUCUCGUUGAACUGGUUUGAAUUACGUUUUGAAAUAAUUGACCUGACGGUAUUUAUGGCCAGUGCAUGUAGAAUAACAGAAUGGUCUAGAGAUGCUUGAAGAGAGCAGCAGACUUGGCAUUGGUUGAACAUGAAGUGCAAUAACGUGCUGUAAAGAGAACUUAACUCAACGUAGACUCACAAACAAGAACAGGAGAAGGGGGCAGCAGCGAACGACAUCUUAUUUGUCAGUACGUAUUGCAGAUAUUAUUGAAUUUCUCACAGUUCAGCUAUCAUGCAGUGGAAUCUAUAACUAAACUACCAUCAUUGGUCACUGUAGAUGGAGUACUUAGAACAUGUUUAGUUCUGCUGUGGCCUUUAUUUUGACAUUGUGCGAGCACUUGACCAUCCUGAGAGUGUUGAUAGAAGCUUUUAACUACGCAGCAGGCAACUCGUGCUGUGCUGUAGCUUUCUGCUUUUCCUUCUUUAGAUAUGAUGACCUUGCAGUGCUUUUUGUGUGCAUCCCUAUCGAGUUCUGUUUAUCAAAAAGGAAUGUACUGUCUGUAUCUGUUCCACGUGUAGUCAUACAGAGGUGUGUACACUUAACAGUCUGAACUUGCUGCUUUGCAUGCGUUGAAUGUCCGCAACUUGUGAGGAUACGACACAUUUACUGAGUUCAAGCAGAUCGACCACAUUCAGAAUUUGCAGGGCUAUGAGGAGAGAUAGUUGCCAUGAAUUUAAAAGUUGUACAAUGUUUGCUCACUUGUGUUCUUUACAGUAUAGCCAUUGAAGAUGAUCUGUAUUUUGAGGUAUGUACUUUGAAAGAUAUUUUUGUCAAGUCGUGCUGUUUAAUAGUCUGCAUAUCCAGUACGUAUCAAUGGUUGACACAGACUUGUAAAAAGGGUCUUUCAUAGCUCCUGUUGGUGUUCAACUAGACGCUCUGAAAGUAUUUUUUGAAUGUUGAGCCUAGACAUGAAGUUUUGUCCAAAGAGUUUUUAAGGCUGAUGUAAAAAGUUAUGGCGUGGUGUUUCAAGGCUAAAACCCAAAACUUGAAUUUUACAACUCUUUUGAAUGUUUUAAAAUGCUUUGAAGAACCAGUGUGAUGAUUCUCUGUACACGGGUUUACUUAUUUGCAAAUAAAGAGCAGACACGCUGGUCCUAAUUCCUGUCUAUUUGUCUUUCUCUUUUUUAUUCUGUAUGAAAGUUGUUCUUUAAACAAAAGUUGUGUUUGUGUUAUUUGUUCAUUUUACAUUUGUCUAUUAAAUCCAUACACUUUAGAUAAAACCAAUCAAGGUCGAUCGCCACACAAUGCACGGCGGUUAGAUUUGUGUGACUUGAUCCUGACCUGCUCUGAUGUCAUGUCAACGAUAACCU